GGCAUUAUUCAGAAGAUACUAGCGGUCGAUUCAUUACUAUUCAGUGUAUGUGUGUUUCCAUUUGCAAUGCAACUGUAGACUGUAGCCCGAUACUGUUGCUACAUACAGUGAAUGGUUAUUGACAAGGUGCACGUCAAAAACGGAUAAAUGCUUAUUAUAGUACAAUUUAGAAUUUGAAUGGCUUGCAUGCUAUCGGUGCAUGGCCACCGCACAGACGCAUUACGCUGAGCUGGUGUCGCAUUACUCCAGUCUCCAGCGGCUGGAGUGAGCGUCAAGAAAAAGUGGUGAAACAGAAUGGAAUAAAAAAGGCCUCCUACAAGGCCAGGCGAUAGACUCGUCUCUAUCAGACAUAGGGAUGCAGCAGGCAGAGGCUGCAGGAAAAUAUCUCAAAGACGUCAAGUUCACCAACGUGUUUGUCAGUGACAUGGCCCGUGCCCGUCAGACUUGCGAAGCUAUUGUAAAACACAACAGUAGUUGCUCUGGCCUAGAAAUUGUCACCGAUCCAUCACUUAAAGAGAGGAGUUUUGGGAGUGCCGAGGGGGGCUUGGUGGUGGACAUGAAGAACAUGGCUACAGCGGCUGGUCAAUCGUGGCUGGACUUCACUCCUCCAGGGGGAGAGACUAUAGAACAGAUGAAGAUGCGGAUCAAAGAGUUUCUGGAGCACCUGUUCCAGCGCAUGGUGGCUGACCACUGCAGACCAGGACAGAGGGAGACAGGGAUGCCAGAGGGGGCUCUUGCAGGCAAGCCAGAUGAUGGGACCAGAGAUGUUCCUGCCCAUGCCCUGGUGGUCAGCCAUGGGGCCCUAAUACGUGUGGCCAUGCGCUACCUUGUGGAUGAGCUAAAGUGUCCUUUACCCCAGGGGUUGGACAUGUCCCAUGUGAUCGCUCUCUGUCCCAACACGGGCAUUUGUCGGUUUAUCUUCACUGUGACAAAAGGGGAUGCGGGCGUCACUCUCUCAGCCAUCCGCUGUGUCUUCAUCAACAGGUGCGAGCACAUCUAAGAGGAUGGGUAGAGUGGAGGGGGUUGAAGAAAAUAAUCUCCUGGUUCACACUAUAGGGCCGACUAGAACCGUAUUGUGCUGUUUAGGAUAUUUUCUUUUCACAUUGUCCUUUCUAGCAUGGUUCCAGCAACUAUGGUAGAUAGGCAAAGUGGUACUGGGCUGGCUUGACUCGCCUUGGCCUCUUGAGUGUGAAUCGGGCUGACUAAGAUAUACACAGACUCCAUAUAGGAAUCUGGUUGAGUUAUUUAAAAUUAUUUUAAGGCAUACACUACCGGUCUAAAGUUUCAUAACACCUACAAAUUCAAGAGUUUUUCUUUCUUUUUGUUGUCUUUUUUUAAACUAUUUUCUACAUUGUAGAAUAAUAGUGAAGACAUCAAAACUGUAAAAUAACACAUAUGGAAUCAUGUAGUAACCAAAAAAGUGUUAAACAUUUUCUAUUUGAGAUUCUUCAAAUAGCCACCCUUUGCCUUGAUGACAGCUUUGCACACGUUUGGCAUUCUCCCAACCAGCUUCAUGAGGUAGUCACCCGGAGUGCAUUUCAAUUAACAGGUGUGCCUUCUUAAAAGUUCAUUAGUGGAAUUUCUUUCCUUCUUAAUGCGUUUGAGCCUAUCAGUUGUGUUGUGACAAGGUAGGGGUGGUAUACAGAAGAUAGCCCUAUUUAGUAAAAGACCAAGUCCAUAUUAUGGCAAGAACAGCUCAAAUAAGCAAAGAGAAAUGACAGUCCAUCAUUACUUUAAGACAUGAAGGUCAGUCAAUACGGAAAAUUUCACGAACUUUGAACGUUUCUUCAAGUGCAGUCGCAAAAACCAUGAAGCGCUAUGAUGAAACUGGCUCUCAUGAGGACCAUCACUGGAAUGGAAGACCCAGAGUUACCUCUGCUGCAGAGGAUAGGUUCAUUAGAGUUACCAGCCUCAGAAAAUGUAGCCCAAAUAAAGGCUUCAAAGAGUUCAAGUAACAGACACAUCUCAACAUCAACUGUUCAGAGGAGACUGUGUGACUCAGGCCUUCAUGAUCAAAUUGCCGCAAAGAAACCACAACUAAAGGACACCAAUAAUAAGAAGAGACUUGCUUGGGCCAAGAAACACGAGCAAUGGACAUUAUACCCGUGGAAAUUUGUCCAAAUUGGAGAUUUUGGACUGGUAGUGUAUAUGUAUUUGUCUGCUAGUAUUUUAAUGUACAUUAUGCAACACAAUGAAGAUUGUUUAUUUUCUCAAUCAUAUUUUGAAGCUCUCCUAUUCCAUCUCAUCACUGUGCCGUGCAUAACCAGCUGACUUGUUAAAAACCUACAGCACUGUCUUUGAAAUUCAAAUUUCAUAUUCAUUGAGACCAUCUAAAUGUUCUCUAUGUUACCGGUAGUUUGAUUUGGUGAGUGAAAUGUGGACGUUUAACUUAUUCUACAAAUGUUCAAAUAAACAAAAAUGCUGAUAAAUAAAGAACAGACUUUUAAAAACAGACUUGUUUAUCCAGGCACAAUGCCUUUUCGUAUUACUUAAACUUUUGGCUGGUUUAAUGUAUUUCUUUAUACAUCUUAUAACAUCACAUCUCCUUCUUGCAACUACUCAUAUCUGUUGUUGUCAUGAAAAACAGAACUUCAUGCUCAUGAAAGGCUAUUUGUGAUUGACCAGUUUUACCUCUUGGAAUCCAACCACAAUGUUAAUGAAUGAAUGCUGGGUAACACUUUAUAUUAAGUUGUCUAAACCUAUGUAGUAAUACUGUAAUUAUACCAGUAAUACAUAGUAGUCAGGAGAGUAGGAUAAUUGCAUUUUAAUUGCCUUUACAAAAGAGGGAGAUGGACCAUUCUUCCUUCCACUGGCGUAAUAACUAAAACCACUCAACCCCAUUACUAUGCUAUUAGAAAACAACAAUGUUGUGAAGGUAGUAAUUACAGCAUUACUACUAAUGUAAAGUGUUACCUAGAGCUGCAUUGAAAGCAGUAUGAACAAGGUGUGAUUAUGAACCUAGUGUGAAACAAUUCUUUCAAAUGCUAUGUACAUUAGUAAUAUGUCAGAAUUAGUCAUAUUUAGAUCUGUUUCCGUUUACCCUAAACAAAAAUAUAAAUGUAAAGUUUUGGUACCAUGUUUCAUGAACUGAAAUAAAAGAUCCCAGAAAUGUUC